GCCACUUAAAUUUUAAAAUCCUACCUCAGACACUCCUGGCGCUCCCGCCCUUUCCCGAGCCGAACGGGAAAAAGUAGAAAAAGAAAUUAAAAUCAAAGUAGAAAUUAAUUGACGAAUAGUUUGGAUAGAGAGAAUUAAGAUGGAGGAUUCUGGAGCUAUUCUCUAUCAAAUUUCUUGUCUCAAGGACAUGCUCGAUCAGGUGAAUGAAGAAAUCGAAGCCAACAUUCAAAUAACGCGAGAGAUAGAAUCAGAGAUCGUCAAGUUAACGGAGAUCGAAGCUGCUCUUGCUAUCAGAGAAUCGCAGCUUGUCAAGUCGCUUUACAUUUCUCACUUCGAAAUCGAUGGCUUGCUCUCCGUCACCGCUGAUUCAAGGAAUUCGCUUAAACUUUUGGAGGAGGAGUUAACUUGUCUAAGAACAAAACGAGAUGAGAUGCUAACAAGGAUCGAAAAUAAACGAGAAGGGUUUAUAAAACUGUGCUUAGAAUUUCAGAAGGAGAUUGGCAAUGGGGAAAAUAAUGAAGUGAUGACUUUGCUAUUGGAAAAGGAGCUUCUCGAGAAUGAAAUUCAUCUAUUGGAUAAGAAAAAUAAUGCUUUGAGAAAUUCAAUGUCAGCAUUUGUGGAAGAAAUUCUUGAAGAACUUUAUACUUCAAAUGCUGCUUUGCAUGUUGAGAUACAGAAUGGGAAUCAGGAGAAUGAGAAAUUAAUGAAGGAUAUUGAAGACUUGAAGAUUAUCUACUUUCAGGUCUCUUUGGCACCCAAAAGGGAUACAAUCAAUGAAGCAAAAGUGGAGGGAAAAGGUUGUGGAAACUGCUUCCCCUCCCCCGCACCUCUUCCCAUAUCUAUCAAAGAAUGGAAAAUGAUAGGAAGCUCCAUCAUUCAAAAGAAAGAAGCAAAGCUCCCCAACAGAAAUAGAGGUGAUGGUUAAACAAAAGAGAGGAUGUGGUUCAAAACCAUGUCGUAAGCUUAGGUUGUCGUCCAUGUCACAGACAACAGCCAUGCCUGUCUCGUGAACUUCACGUGUACCCGGUCGACCCGCUCCGUACCAUACAGCUAUGUCUUUUCCAUUUAUAUAUAUAUGCAUUGGAUUGAACAAAAGCUCACCCUGGGUCCUCUUUUAUGACCAGAAAUGUUAACAAAAAUUAUAAGCAUUAAAUAAAAAAUAAAGCUUUUGCUUCUAGCUAAGUCUCUGGGGUCUUAAUAGAACAGAUUAAUUAAUCCUUACAGCAAACAUCUUUGUUUUUCAUUAAGGUUUAUCUAUCUUCAUUUUGUGGGUGUUUGUGUAUGAAUAAGCAUUCUUGAUUUAUUAAUUUUUAGAAUCAAAGCUCAAU